AUGUCAAACCACGCGCAGCCCUUCGACUCCAGACGGUCGACUAUCUAUAGCCGUCAACCCGAAGAGCUUCACAUUCCAUCGGGAAACUCGUCAUCUGGCGCAAUUCCGCGACAAUCAAUGUCCCAUGAAUACCCAACGACCCCCGACACGAACCUUCCAUCUAUCAAUAUCCAUCCCUCGGGCUCCCAGCCUAACCAAUAUGGAAGCGGCAAUAGCGGUGGAACCGGGGGAGCGCUGCCUGGUGCCCUCCAACCGGGAAAUCCUUCCAAUCGACCCCCAGCGGUGUCCAUAAAUACAGCUCCGUCCGUACUUCCUACAUUGCCCCAGUUAUCUACCCAAGUGCAACAACAGCAAUCCCAGCCGCAUCCUCAAUCGUCUACUCCGCGCUCUAACGCCGCCAAUUCUCAUGGACAUUCCAGGUCAAGCCCAGCAGGAUACAGGCCUCCCGGAUCCUCUCCAAACACUGGGUUCCAGCCGCCAACCCCUCAGGGCGCUAAAUAUUCUCCUCUAGGCUUGGCCGAUAUCCGAUCCCCAGGAGACCUUCUCAGCGACCAUAUCACGAAUGCAGGUGCAGCACCUCUCAAUAGCGCUGAUAACCAAGUGCCUACGAACAGCAACUAUAUUACCCCAUGGCCGAUCUAUGCCGUUGACUGGUGUAAGUGGCCGGUCUCGGGGAAUCCUGGCUCCUUCGGCGGAAAAAUCGCUCUAGGAAGCUAUUUGGAAGACCAUCAUAACUAUAUACAAAUUCUUGACACCCACUUGGCAUAUCCUGACACUGAUACCCCUGAUGCAGCCCCCGGUGAUUUUAAGCUGGAAUACGUGAAAACCGCUGAAGCUACCCACUCAUAUCCUGUCACUCGCAUUCUUUGGGAACCUCCAUCAUCCCAAAAGCAGUCUACUGACCUUUUGGCCACCUCUGGAGAUCAUCUCCGGCUAUGGUCACUGCCGAACUCGCAGUCCCAACACAGCUCCAACUCCAUAACCCGUCAGCCAGGCCAAAGAGAUGCGCCUACGGCUAAACUUUCACCGCUGGCGUUGCUUUCAAACUCGAAGUCUCCCGAGCAUACCGCGCCUAUUACGUCUCUAGAUUGGAAUACGAUAUCUCCUAGUUUGAUCAUCACCUCUAGCAUUGAUACAACAUGCACAAUUUGGGAUAUCCCGACUUUGACGGCAAAGACACAGCUUAUUGCGCACGACAAGGAAGUAUAUGACGUGCGCUUUUGUGCCAAUAGUGUGGAUGUUUUUGUCAGCUGUGGCGCUGACGGAAGUGUGCGCAUGUUUGAUCUCCGGAGCUUGGAACACAGCACGAUUAUAUACGAGCCGACGGAUAAGAAUGAGAAAAUGGUGAUGAGCCCUGGAAAUGGAAGCCCUUCCGCACCGGCCAGCAGUUGGCCUCCGCCCUUGUUGCGCAUAUCGGCAUCGCCACACGAUGCCCAUCUUCUUGCAACGUUCUCCCAAGACUCCAACAUAGUCCGGGUAUUGGAUGUUCGCCAACCGGGCCAAGCACUUCUCGAACUUAAGGGUCACUCUGCUGCUCUCAAUUCCGUCGAGUGGUCCCCCAAUCGGCGCGGCGUUCUCGCAUCUGGUGCGGACGAUUGUCUUGUCCUUCUCUGGGAUCUUAUUAAUCAGAACAACUCUACCCCUGUGCCACCAGGGGUACAACACCCCGGUGCACCCUCUACAACCACCGAACGCGGCCCCGCGGCUGCAUGGCAAUGCGACUACGAGAUUUCCAACAUCAGCUGGUCACCGCAAGCCGGAACCACAAACUCCGGUCACCCUCGUGACUGGUUAGGCGUUUGCGGAGGACGAGGGGUUUGGGGGGUUGCGCUAUGA